UCUUUCCAUCUUCAUUGAUAAACAUUGUGAUCCUUAUCACACCAUCGAUCAUACGUCAGUCUUUCACCUCCGAGCACAUUACGGAUUUUCUUCCCUAGCUAUUGCAACUGCUCGCUUGUGUUUUACUCCUCUCACAUGUGUUCUUGUUGUAUCCCAAAGAGUAAGUGACUUUGCACCAAUAUCAAGAUGAGUCAACAAAACAACAUGAUUGGAACAUCUACUCCGUCAGACCUCCCAGUAAAGCGGAAGCGGGGUCGUCCUCGAAAGGAAAAAAAUGUUGUAAAAGAGAAUCCGCACUUAGCUUUAACUCCUGCAUCUGAUGAUAUUCAGAAAACUCAAGAAGCUGAACUCAGCCAGAGUACUAAUGUUGAUGGAAACAUGGUAGGUCAGGAAGUUUCUGGAGUUAUCGAAGGAAAUUUUGAUUCCGGAUAUCUUGUUUCUGUUAGGAUUGGCAAUAGCAGCACUCUUUUGCGUGGUGUUGUCUUUCUACCGGGGAAAGUUAGUCCAGUUACAGCACUCAAUGAUGUUGCUCCAGGUGUCAAGUCUUACAAGUUUCGAGAAUCUCCUUUUCCAGCAGUCAACCCGACCCGUCAGGCUAAUGGCUCUGUUUCUCGGUCAGUACCCUCCAUUGACCAACCACUUCAGCAAGAGAACAAAGUGCCUAUCGCUCCUAACCAAGUGGUACCUCCUGUAUUGCAGUCAAGUGCCCCAGUAACAUUAAGUAAUCCAUCUGCCUCUAUUGUUUUCCCUCUGAACAAUAUGCCACAGAAUGGUAAUGGCUCACCUUUGGCAGGAAAAAUUGCACCGGAGCAAAAAUUAGGAUUUGAAGGUCUAAGUGAAUCUUCCUUGGUUACUGUGCCUCUGACUAAUGUGUCAAAGAUCGAAGCUGAUAUGUCAAUGGGAGGCAUGAAAGUUAAUCAGCAGCCAUAUACAGAUUUCAGACCGGAGAACCAGCCUGCCUCAACUAUGGUUCAAAUGCCCAACAUGCCUAAUUUUGUAUCAAGCACUUCACUGGAUGUCGGAAAACUCGUAGCAGAAGCAACUCCACAGUUCGCAUUUGAAAAGCAACCUCCUAGUUUGUUGAAGAAUCUUAAAAUGGUGGAACAAGAUGAGGUGAUGCAAGUGUUCGAAACUCCAGCACCUGAACCAAUGAUCGAUAUUAUCUCUGGCAGUAUAACUACUAAUCAGCUACCUCCAGUACCAAAUCAGACUGAAAAAUCUGAAGUCGAUCUCCACCACACUUCCCCUACAAGCGAUACUCAGUUUUUGCUCUCAGAACCUCAGACAGAAUCUGAACCUUGCCAUACUGAGCAAGUUCAGAGUGAUAUGCACAACUCCAAUCUUAAGGUCCUUCAAACUCCUGAGGUUACCUACUCUCAAUUGGUUCCCACAGAAUCUGGACAUGUGGACUCUGGAGUCGAGUCAAGCGAGCCUAUGUACACAAAGACUGUCAACUCAAGUCUCAAGCUCAAUGAAAACACUGCAGUUUCUGAACCUCAACCUGUGAUCUUAGAACCAACAAGUGAACCCAUGGAUAUAGUGAAGGAUAUGCCAGUAUGUCCAACAAACGGGGGACAACCAGAGCCAGCAGAGAUGGAAUUAGGUGAGCACGAGACUUCUCAAAAUGGAAAACAUGGGCAUGAUGUUGGUAGCAGUAAGGAACCGGUGGCUCUUCCGGCUAAACCUGCUGAAGAAACUGUUCUUUCGGGAAUAGGUGAUUCUAAGAUCGCUAGCUCUCCAAUUCACAACACUGACAUGGAUUUUCCUCGUGUUGAAGCACAAUCUCAAUGCUGAGCUAGCAAUGUUUCAGAAACAGCAAAGAAAUGUGGAGAAGCUUUAAGUGGGUAAUAGCUAGAUAAGUUCAAUAAUGCUUUAAAUUUUAGACUACCAGUUACCUUUGAAGAUUGCUAAGCAAGUUUUAGACCUUUUUAAUUUCCGUCUUUUGGUUAUGUAAAAUGUGAUCUGAAUUCUGAACUAUUUCUAGAUGAUGUGCAAGGAGAUUUAUCUUCUUGUGUUUGAACAUUACU